AAUGUGUGUGUGUGUGGGGGGGGUCACACUCAGCUGCUUUUUUGUGAAAGGGGUCACCAGUACAAAAGUUUGAGACCCACUGCACUAGAGGGUCUGCAUAUUAUAUAUAGUCCAUGCUUUUGAACAGCCGUGCAGUAAUGAAUGCAUGUGCACAGGCAUUAGUGAUGGGAAAUCAGUUUAGGGGUGGUAUAUGUGUUUGGUGUCUGACUCUCAGAAGGAUAUUACAGCGAUUUGAGUGGAUAUGCUGGGAUCUAAAAUCUUGUCAUCAAGAACAUGGGCUUUGUUGGACCGCUUACGGCAAUGGAGACCUGCAUAUUCACCACAUAUACAGAUUUGCUUAUUGCAGCAGCAGUUUAAGAGCUGGCAGAGGAGUCUUUCCACAAGCUGUGCAAAGUGUGCAAAAAAUCAACGGCUGAAACAAAAAAGAGCAAUAUCAGAAAAGAAGCUGACCCGAUAUUUUGUAGAUCAUCGAAGAGUGUAUGUGAUUGGAGGCCGCGGAGGAGAGGGUAUUAACUCUUUUCACAGUGAGCCUAGAAAAGAGUUUGGAGGUCCUGAUGGUGGAAACGGAGGAGAUGGGGGCCAUGUUAUUUUGAAAGCUGACCAGCAAAUCAAAUCACUGGCUUCAGUCCUCCCAUUAUAUCGAGGUUUUGAUGGAGAAAGAGGGAGAAGCAAAAACUGUUACGGAGCCAAUGGUGGAUACACAUAUAUUAAAGUUCCUUUAGGCACUCUAGUUAAGGCGGAUGGGAAAAUUGUGGCUGAUCUUGCGCAGCAUGGCGAAGAAUAUGUUGCCGCUUAUGGAGGAACUGGAGGGAAGGGUAACCGGUUCUUUCUGUCCAAUGAGAAUCGAGCACCAAUGACAGCUACUCUAGGAGAAUCAGGUCAGGAAAGAGUCCUCCAUCUGGAGCUCAAGACUAUGGCACAUGCAGGGCUGGUGGGAUUCCCCAAUGCUGGGAAGUCAUCACUUUUGCGAGCAAUCUCCAAUGCAAAGCCUGCAGUGGCUCCCUACCCGUUCACAACCUUAAAUCCACAUGUAGGCAUUGUUCACUACCAGGACUAUGAACAAGUGGCAGUUGCUGAUGUUCCUGGUAUAAUAAGAGGAGCUCAUCUAAACAGGGGCCUUGGAUUGGCCUUUCUGAGGCACAUAGAACACUGCCGCUUUCUCUUAUUUGUGGUGGAUCUGUCUGUGUCUGAGCCAUGGAUUCAGCUCCAAGACUUAAAAUAUGAACUGGAGCAGUAUGAAGAGGGGUUGUCGAAGAGACCUCAUGCUGUAAUUGGGAAUAAGAUUGAUCUUCCUCAGUCGAAGGCUAACUUAUUACUUCUUAAGGAGCGAGUGGAGCAGAGAGUCAUCCCACUAUCUGCAUUGACAGGAGACAAUCUGGAGGCAUUAUUGUUGCACCUAAGAGAUUUGUAUGAUGCUUAUGUAAAUACUGAACAAUCACGUAGACAAAACCCAGUCAAAUGGUAGGAACCGGUGCUCCCGUGAGCCCUAGGCUGAAUGGAGGAGGAAAACAACAUCGUUUAUCGCAGGAUGUUCAACCUGUGGAACUCUCUGCCAGAGGAUGUUGUGAAGGCCAAGACUAUAACAGAGUUCAAAAAUAACUAGAUAAUGGAGGAUAGGUCCAUCAAUGGCUUUUAGCCAGAAUGGGCAGG